AUGAGCGUGACGACGACAUCUAAUGUAUCGACGCAGAGCGUCAUUCGUCUGCUAGCAGACUACGAGUUGACCCAUUCCGAGGGCGAGCAGGCCCCCGCUGAUACUUCGGUCAAUGAGAGGCCGAGAGCAACUUCAGAGUCCAACCCUGCCUGGUGGCCGACUGACCACCACGGCAUUCCUCCUCAUCGGCCAAUCGACUACACCCUUGACCAUGAACAGCGGCCAUGGGCAGCUUCUCCGAUAGAGACUGCAUUUGUUAUGACACUACUCAAUGGAGUCGGGAUUGUUGCGUGUAUAUCGAAAGUGUGGAGGCAGACGGGAGGGAGGAUCAACGACAACAUCUUCCGCUUCUCCAUCGGCGGCGAGCGGUGA